AGGAUAUGUGGCUUCAUGAAAAAAAACCCUUCAUCAAGCGACUCCGGAAAGCAAUUUUCCAAUCCUACCUUCCCGCUUUGGACACGUAUGUGCAAAAGGGCAAGAAAUCGAUCGUCGGUACUAAACCCACCCCAAAGUUCGAAGCGUGCCCACGUACGCCAAAAUGAAACAACGCGUGAGGUGCAUCCUUGCCUCUCUGUCCCUCGCACUGUUCGGCAAUGGUCGGAAGUUCGGUGUUCGAAUUUCCGUAGGAUGUUGACUGGGUGCCCGCGGGUGUGAGGCAACGCGCGGAGCGAGCGAGAAACGUGCGAGGCGCAAAGAGUAUGGCCAACCAUCUCUCUUUCCCUCAUUUCAGAACGACCCCGAGACGGCAACGCAGCAGCAUUUUUCGUCGUCCGCGUUUUUGCCUUUUAACCGUGCAGAAGCAAUCGUUUUUCGAGUGAAUUUUUGUCCAAACUGAUGGGUAACGGUGCGUGACAGCGGAUGGGUGCAAUCGAUGUGGGUGUGCGUGCUGAACCGCGACCGUCCCUAUUCCCGUGCCUAGCAGACGUAAUGAAGAAAAGGUGAAGCCAUCUUUUUUCCGUGUUCAUCGUUUCUGUGCGAUAGCGGCCGCGGCGUGUGCGCGGGCAAGAGUGUUGGUGGUGUGUGCGUGCGUGCGUGUCUGUGUGUGUGUGCUCUGCCUGCGCGUAUGAGAGCGGAGACGGGGAAAGAGACGCUCGCGCGGCUUUGAGUGAAGUGAAAAAAAGGAGAAGAAAACGUGGUGCGAAAGGAGUGGAGGCAAGCAGGCAGACAGGCGUGCGAAGAAGCGAGCAAGCGGCAGGAGGCGCGCCGAGGUGGUGUACUGAAAGAAAGGAAGCACGGGAGUGUAAAAAAAAGACGGCAAUCGAUUGCUGGCGAGGCGUGUGUGUGUGUGUUGGUGGCGGUGUAUAGGUGCACGGCUAUCAGUGUGUGUGUGUGCAUGGUACCACCAUUUUAAUGUGCCAUCAUCGCAACAAUCGUACAGUGCGCGCGAGUGUGUGUGUGUGCAGGGGGUAGCUGGUGGUGUGCUCGCUGAAAGGGAAGGAAGCGUAUCAAGUGGAAAAAUUAAGGCCUUUGAAGCCAACGAAAGUGUUGAGCUUGAUGGGAAUGGAAAUAUGGCGAGGAAAAUCGAAUACGCCCAGUGUUGAGUGGAUUGGUGUGCGAAUUGCUCACGGGUGGUGAAAUAUGUCCCAUCCCGAAGGUGUUGUAGCAUAAUUUGCAUCUAAAAUCGCGCGUCACAUUCUGGAUUACUGUGUGCUGAAUGUGUUUGAGUGUGUGCGAGAUUGCGCGUAUGCUGCUGCUGGAAUCAUUAACAUACCCAUCUUUUACUGGGCCCAGCAGAAAAAUAAAACCCCCCCGUUCAAACACACCCAUACCGGCAAUAGUGUGUGCGAGCAAGCAGACGGAAGAUUCGCGUAUCGCUGAGAAGCAGACGAGAGUGAGAAGUGAGAAGGGUGCCGCGAGAGCAGAAAACGCAGCAAUUAUCACCAGCAUAGUCCUGUUUGUGUUGGCUGUGUGUUUCAUAAUCGAACGCGAUUCCGUGUCCUCCGUUGUGUUGGUGUGUAUGUGUGCACGGUGGUGAUGCAAAGCAGCGCGGCGUCCAUCUUCGACUGGGAGGAAAAGCUGUUGCAGUGGCAAUAUUAAACUCGGUCUGGAGCAAUCGCUUUGAACUACGCCGCCGCCGCCGCUGCUCCUACGGAUACCAACAUUCAUCGUAGCCCUCCAGCAGCGCGGGCACAGUGAUUUACGUUUGUUGGUGUGUGCGCAUCGCGUGAGUGAGACGAACGUUCAGUGUUGUGUACACACGAAUGAAGACACUACGAAGCUCAGCGUCCCAGCAACAUUUCUUCGAAAGUAAUCGAAGCGGUCCUUUCACUUGGGGACCAGUUGGAAGAAACAUCCGCCGGAAAAAAUCGCACCAGAAGGCAAUACCUUCGUAACAAAUCCAUUCACGCUCCCCAUACGACGGAUUGUAAAUUUAACGCCCUCUACGAUAAAAAAAAGUGUCGUACGCUUGUGGUCGUGUGGUGGUGAAUGGGACUGGCGGCAGUUGCAUCGGUGCCCGUGAAGAAAAGAUCCGAUGCAGUGGAAGAAAUGGCACCCGCUCUUACCGAGCCUCUAAGCCAAAGCAAACUGUCCUCCUCGGCCGCGUCGGGUGCCUCUCCGCGAACGAGCAGCAGCACAACGACACCGGCCGCCACGACAACGUACGACGGUACGACCAUCAUCACCGCACCGGACAAUGCCCACGCCGAGUAUCACCAAACACAAGCGCAGCAACAGUUGGAACAGUUCGUAGAUGCACAGCAGCAACACCAUCAAUCGCUUGCGAUCGUUGACGCAGUCGACGUUUCUGAGAGUGUAGUUGUACCUUCCACUACAGCAGCAGCAGCAGCAGCAGCAACGGCAGCACUACACGGCGGGAACGAGGGAACGGCCAUGAUGUCCCUGCCGUUGGGUGGUUCCAGCGAUGGAGUUGUUGGCUCAACCAUUGUGGACGACAUACAGAACAACAACAGCGGCGAGCAGGGUUUGAAGCUGGACGCCGACACAAACCGAGACCUGAUCGAGAUUGCCCUGGAGCAGCUGCAUCAAGAAGCGGCCAUGGGUGGCGCAGGAGGGAACGGAACCGAAGCGCCCGCGGUGGGACCGAUGGCAGUGGACAACGUGGUGGAUAUGGCUGUCGUUGCCUCCCACUCCGGUGUAUUGCCGGGCAACAUGUUGCAGCUGCAGGAACAGCAGCUAAUGUCGAUGGAGCUGCCGCCGACGCAAAUGAUCGUUGCACAGGACAAUUUUCAAGAUGCUCAACAGUUUCAGCAGCAGCAACAGCAACAGCAGCAGCAACAGCAACAACACAUACACCAGCUGCCCAGCAAUAUAAUGAGCAUCCCGCUCCAUGAUGCAUCCCAACCGUCCUCCUCUCUCGUGGGGGUCAGCGGUGUCAGCGGUAACGGCGAGCAUGCCAUGCAGCUGAGGGAUAGCAACGAAAUGGAUCAGAUGAUGCGCGAGCUGGCUACGAACGACAUUGAUCUGAUGCAGGUGUUUAAAAGCUUUGACCAGAACAGUCUGCUGCUUUUCGACGACGUGACGAAUCUGUGCGACGUGCCGGGCGCCGACGGUAGCCAGUCGCUCUCCUCGCCCAACAAGGAUCGCGAGCGGCUGGAGCAGCACGCGGAAAUCAUCAAGAUGCAGGCCCAGAUGCAGCGGAAACAGGACUUUCUGGCGCGGCGCCUCAGCAAGCUGACUGCCCGGUACAUGGGCCAGCACAUAAGCGAAGAGGUGGCCGGGCUGUUCGAGUACAGCCAGCGGUUCUGGAAAAAGCGCGAAAAGGAAACGGCCAAACAGCUGCACAACAUGAACAGCGGGCUGCCGGCCGCCGAGGGUACCACCGGCAGCACCUGUUGGCCCGACAUUAUCCCGUUUCAAGCGCCCCCGCCCGAUCCGACCCCGGAGAAGAUGAAACCCAUUUCGGCGAACGCGCUCAAAUCGUGCAUCAAGCGGCUCGAAUCGAUCGCGAACAAGAUCUGCUCGACGCAGAGCAAACGCGUCCUGAACAGUCGCUACUUUCAGGGGGUGAGCGGCAUCGGUACUGCCGAGGCAUCGCCGUCCACGAGUAGCAGUGGUGGUGUAUCCGAUCCGACCAAUGUCGCCAACAUCUCCAACACUAUUCCGCUGUUCGAACGGUCGGCCACGCAAGAUCUGGAGCAGACGGCAGGCAUGCUGUAUGCCGAGCUGCGGCAGGUACAGGCCACCAUCGAUUCAGACGCCACGCUCAGCAGUUCCGGUGGCGAAUCGGCGGACGAAUCAUUACCAUACACGAACGAGAUGCAGGAACCGCUUCCAAUCAAGGAACGUGCCGCCUGGAGAUGGGCCAAUGAUCGCGCGUCCGUUGCAAGCAAGUGGACGUGGGUAGUGGCCCGUGUAGCGGAUCUAGAAUAUCGCAUCCGGCAACAUAACGAGGUGCUGUACAAAAUUCGCCAAAACAAGGGUCCUGUUGUGCUAGAGGAAACGCCCGGUGUCGAUGAUCAGCAUCAGCAACAACAGCAGCAGCAAUCGGUAAAUGGAUAUCGCGGCCAGUUGCCGGGUAGCAGCAAACCCUCAACGUCGCACGCGACGAUCAGUGACGAAUCUGACGCCGAGAUGGUGUCCAGUUGUUCCCGGACGCGUCCCUACUGUCGGGCACGGUUCCGGAAGCGGAAGCUGAUGCAAACGCACAACAUGCACACCAUAUCGAAGCGUGCAGCCAAACCCAGCAAUGUCAAGUGCGGUUGCCAGUGGCCACUCCAACCCUGUGCCCUGUGCACGGGACGUACCGAUCCAACUGCGCUGAGGGAACCGCUGGACACGAUGACGUUCCCGGAACGUGUGGCACUGCUCGAUGCAAGCUUCCAUCCAGUAUUGAGUUUCCCAGAAGACAUUUCGCACAGCAUACAUCUGGAGGCAAUAAUGCGAAAGCCGGAAUGGCAAAGCAAAAUGAUUCGCAGCAAAGUCACACCUGCUAGUCUGCUAGAAUCGGUACCGGGAGCGACCGUACGCGGAGGAUUCUUCUCGUCUGGCGAUGAAAUGGCGCCAUCCUCCUCGCACGGCAAACGCUACGUCAGCUCGGACAGCAAGCGGAAGUACGAGUCGAUGACCAGUAACAAGUACAAGAGUAACGAUCGCUACACGGGUGAUAGUGGAAAUAAAUCGAAGAAAGCCAAAACCAAGCGGGAUGUGAUAAUUUCGAAUAGUCGUAAAUCCGGCGCGGGUUAUUCGUACGACGGCUCGCGGCCGGGCCCGAACGGGCACCGAAACAACAAGAAUCAGCACGGUGUGAGCAAAUCGCGAAAAUCUUCCCAUUGUUAUGAGUACUACGAUGGCCAUGAGGGUGGCGUGAGUCGCAGCAGAAACACCUCACCGACGCCCAACAAUCGAAGCGAAAGACGGUAUCGUAACAGUGCUUACAACAUCGAUAGCAUCGUUAUUCCGAGCAUGCCCGCCUCUAGGGUGUCGCUACCACAAUACAAGGAUAUUGCUGUACCAAAGUGGCGUAUCAUAGACUACCAGGAAAAUGGGGACGAAUCGCUCAACAGUCAAAUGGAUAGCUCAGCAACCGCCAACGAACUUACGAUCGGCAUGGAGUUAUCCACGGAAGAAAAUCCGACAACGACGCCCGUGAAGGUUGACGGUGCGAUUCCACCGAACGGCACGAAAACGACCACGCCGUCGGCGACGAUCGUGCCCACCACUGGGUACGUUGAGGCGGCGUAUCAGCAGCAGCAGCUGAUUGUGAUACCGGCGCAGGACGAGGAAGACAUCUCGGAGGAAACGAUCAUGCUGAAGCACGACCGAGCAUUGCAGGAGGAGCGCAAAAAGUUCCGCUCGGUCCUGAAGUUCCCGUGGAGCCGACCACGCGCUAAGCGGCGCACCGACAGCCGGGCCGGGUCAAGCGGCGGCAAUACACCUGACCCGACGUCGCCUGCACCGCCAACGCCAAUGGUGGAUCAUGAUUCAUCGCCGGCUUGUCCAUCAACUCCACUAACUCCACAGGAUGGACAGGAGCUAUCCGAAGCAAAUGUUAUGAAUGCGCUUAACAAGAGUCUCCACAAGAAAGAACGCCGUAGGACGGUGUCAUCAAAACGAGAGGAUCAACAUGCUCAAGGAGCAGGAACCAUUACACCGGAUACGCGUGAGGUUGUUUCGCCCUAUGAAGCGUUGCAGUUCCCGCUAGCAGACGAUAUCUUCGAAGACAUGCUGCGUUCGAUGCCGAGCGAUCACCUCGACAACGACUGUCUCAGCAAGCUAACCGGACGGAACGGUCUACCCUUCCGCCGUCCGCUGCAUCGCAACAACAACGUGCUGCUGAGGGUGAACUCGAGCGUUAAUCUGGCCCCGGCCAGCCUGGGCCUGAACAAUCAGAACGCGCUCAGCUCGAACACCUCGACGGCGACGACCCUGUCGGCGACCGAGACCGAUCUGGAAGAUUUCGACGACGAGGAUCUGAUGCUGGCGAAGCGACGGGAGCAGGAGCUGAUCAUGCAGCGGCUGCUGAACAGCCGCAAUGAGUCGCAGCAGUACGAAAUAGUGCCACCCUCCGCCAAGCCGAUGCUCGACGACGACGAGGAUGCGAUCGACGACGAGGAAACGGAUACGGGCGAAUCGCUGUUCGUCGAGGAGGACGAUCCGAACGACCCGGAGUGGCACGACCGGCCAGCGGGUCGUGGCGGGGCAGGGGCAAGUGGCAGUGGUCCCGGAAAUGCCAGAGUUUAGCUGCAGAGAGACAGCAGGAGGGAUCUAAACUGUUAAGCUUAAGUAUGUUACGCUUCAUAAUGUAAGCGGCUAUUAUUUUUUUCUUGUUUUUUUUACUACCAGUGAUCCCGUUGAGCUUUCUUGAUCGUUCUUCCGUGAUCUCUUUUACGGUGCGAAACGGCCGUAAACAUCGACAGUGGAGAAGAAGUCAGUGAUAGGUAUGCGGGCAGAAAAGAGACGUGUUGUGCUUGUGCGUACAUAAAGUUUUGAGACAUGGCAGCACUCACGCAAGUGCGAAUAUAAUGCUCUGACCGUAAAUAUCGCUCUGUAGAAGGCGUCAAGUAGCGGAUAGGGAUGAGUCUUCUUUUUUUAGUUAGGUCCGCAUGUUCGGAUCCAGAUGAACAAAUGAAUCGGGUUGCGUUUCUCUCUUCCGCAUCCUCUUUUUAACUUACCACCCGAACCAAGAUUUUAUGCAUGCACAGAACCACAAUCUUUGCUUCCUAGGUGUGUCUAUUUCCAACACCAUCUUCUCGGUUUUGUCUAAUUUGACACCAUUUCGUUUCUUCUUGCGCGCGUGAAAACUAAUUUUCAAGUUUAAAAGUGUGGGAUCACACACAUAAUGCGUGUGUUAGUGUUUUUCCCCGAGGCGCGUGUAUGUGAAUAGUAAAAGAAAGGUUAAGUUUGUUUAAUGCAUUUAAAUAUUCAUCGCGUGUCGAAGAAUUGAAACACCAUUCUAAUUAGCGUUUUACUUAAAAUUUCUGUUAAGCCAGGGUUACUACGUGCGGACUCACACACACACAUCGAAUUUCAUCAAUAGCACUGUAAAUGUCCACGCGUACCGAGUUGAGGGUGGCCGAAGUUGUGAAUCAGAAUAAUGAAGAAUGGCUUGCUGUAAAUAGUGUAGGAAUAUAAUAAUACAUGUCUGGAAUUGGUUUGUAACAGAACAUUAGAAACAAACAGGGCCAUCCUACGUGUGCACUUUGGCCGUAUGCAUUAUAUGUAUGCUUAGUGAGUCUUUCUUUUCUUUCUUUUCAGCUCGAAAACAACUCCUCCUCGUUAUCGAGUAUAAAUCAUUUUAGUACAUAUAAUGAACGCGCGCGCAGUUUUACCUUUCCUGUUUUGAUCUACCAGCUCUUUUUUUUAUUAUUAACUGCUAGCAAUAUUUCAGUUACGUUUUGUGCGUGUUUAACACCUUCAAUUAGUGUAAGAAAUAGGGAGUGCGUGAAAGAGAUAAGGAUUUGCAGAUGAGUGUAGCAUUGGUAAUUGAUACUCCAUCAAUCGCCCUCAUCCUCCGCAUUGCUAUUGAAACACACAUACCACCCAUACUCCACACAUCGGAUACCAGGUAUGCUUCGCUGAAUAGAUAUGUUUAAUAGAUAUGACACAGAAAUUAGCGACGCACAGUUGGAAGGGGAACAUUUUUUAAACAUUAUUUUGAAGAAAAAUGAGCUCCUGUAGCAAUGUUGUUCUACCUGCGCACGAAGCUAAAAGAGUGGUGUAUGAUAUAAUUAUUUAGGGGCAAUUUUACGCAUGGAAAAGGGUAAAUUUCCUCCACUCCAUCAGCCCAUAAAUUCAGCACCGAUCAUAUAUACCAGCAAAACCAAUAAAUUGGUCUUUGAAUAUUUCGCUGCUUCGGGAGCGAACGAUCGCCAUAACCCUCUAAGAGACGAAACAAACUUAUUAAAAUAAAAACACACACUCACACACACACAUUAAACGCUAAUACUACUACUAUGUGCAAAACAACACAGUGUUGUUGGCCUGAAAUAUAGAAAGCAUGUAAAUUUAGUCUAGUUUUUACGAUUAUAUAGAUGUAUAAAGUUCAAGGGAAAGUACCAUUUGGCAUCGAUCGAAAGCGAUCGAUGUAUAGUAGGGCAGGGACCGUACCACGUUGAUCAUUACUACACCAACACCACCACCAUCACGAGCACCAGCUAGGAUGAUUUUUCUGCUGGUAAUAAAUAUAACUUGGACACAUUGUUGAGUGAGCUAGUGCAAACGCAAGUAGUGGAGAACCACCGGUGAAGGGGGGGUCCUGUGGAUACGUGUGUGUUUUCGGUGUGUGUUGUAAAAUCACAUACUUUUAUGUAGAGUUAUGAGAGUAGCAGUUAUGUAAACCUGCUUUAUUAAACGAAAACGCUUCAGUGAUUGGGACAAAAUAUGGAAAGAGAUGGAAAGAGAGAUGGAAAGAGAGAGAGAGAGAGAGAGAGAGAGAAAGAAAGAAAGGAAUGAAUGCUAUGGAUGGACAAAAUGAACAGGAAUUUGGAGGAAAUCGGAUAAUAUAGUUUCGUAACAAGAAAAUACAAAAAAAUGUAUAAAAAUGAAAUAAUUACAAGUGGGCAAUAACAGCCCGGUAAAACAUA